ACACACACACACACACAAACACACUGACCCAUUCAAAACACAGAUGCUUCCUGAACUACUGAGGCAUCUGUCCUGGUAGUUCUCCACUGGCAAGCGCUCUCUUCUCACUACACACCUGUCCUCUCCCCCUAUUCAUUUAUGUUUCCCCAGGACAUGGAGCCAUCUCCAUCUUUAGCUCCAGAGUCUCUGACUUCUGUUCAAGGACAAAUGGCACAGCAUGCCUUCCAGGAUCAAGAACAAAAGUCAGGAAGGACCUCCAAGCAGCAGAUAAGAAAACCCAUUGAAGACACAAUGAGACCAGAGGAAAUACAGGUAACAAUCACUGAAACCCUGUGGGACCAGGUGCUAAUGGCUUUUAGGGAUAUACAGAAGGAGCUCCAAGAAGAUGCUCGGACUCGAGGGAUGAGCAACUACUCCAUGACACCCAUAUCAUCUGCAUCGAGGACUGGUGUCAAGCGUUCAGAUUCUGGGAUGACCCCGAAGAUGGGAAGACUGCUGCCAAGCAGUGGAGAGCAGCCGUCAGGGGUCCAGGCCCACAAACUGAGAAGCCAGUUCUCUGAUCAAUCAGCUUGCUACCCUAGACCCUAACCCUACAAUCAAGGAAGAAGACCACCUUUGCUCCUGCCCGGUGUUUCACCCAGAUGGCCUUUCCCCUGACCUCCACCCUGCCCAUCCUGCUGUAGCCAGGAACCCAGGCCUCAUAAGUCCUCACUCCAACAUGACAGAGCAACCCCCCCAGCAGGUGUGGUCCAAUAUGAGGGAUAAUCGAGUGAGAGGGUAGAAGCCUGAGGGCAGGGCUGAGCCAGGAUCUUUUGGUCUCUGUGACUGAGGCAAAGAGCCAAACACUGCUAGGUAGUUCUUGUACAGGGAGGGAGGAGUGUUCAGGAAUCAGAGACAACUACGGGAUAGAGAAAUGGAAAAAAAGUUUAAACACACACUAGAAAUGUGAGGCCCAUUAUUCACUUCUGGAAAGUGCUCUGGAAACUUAUAUUACCUUUGGUGCUUAAUUCAGAAUCAAAAGUCAAAUACUGUAGGUCCAUAAUAGACCCCACUGUCAAGACUUUCAUUAAUAAAAUACUUGAGUGUACUGCCCUCAAAGGAACUGCUUAAGUGGUAGGCCAUUUCCUCAACCUUUUUAACUCCCCUGCUCCCUAGUUUCACCUGAUACCUAAUCUCAUAUGGAGAAAAAGACCCCCACAGAUGCUCACCUGUGUGUAGCAUACACUAAGCUAGCCACACCAUCUGUAUGACCCUGUCGAAUCUGCAUGAUGACUGAUGGAGAAAAUUAGACUGA